UCUUCCCCCUCCAUGAGCUUGAUCCCUACUACUCAUCAGUAGACCACAAUCCAUAGGCACAAUUGCGGCAUGGCUGGUCGGCUCUCUACAAUAUCGGAGGGGAGCACCGACCUUGACGACUUCACGGCUGCCUACCCGCCGUGCGACUUCUACCGCGGCUCGAUCCGGCGAGUGGCCGUCUCCGGCGGGUUGAUCAGGUCCACUCUCUUCUCCCAGUACGGCUACGGUAGUACCGUCUCCAGCUACUCCAGCCAAUCUGGUGCUUCGUCUUACCCGUCCAACAAUUCCGGCUACUCCGGUUUAGCGCAUGCCGCUACAGGUGCUAGGGCCCUCUGCGACCUCGAGCUCAGGGAGAUCGCUCGGCGAAUGAUCCGCGACCGGUACACGCAGCGCAUCGUCCAAGAAUUCGAAGACGCGCCUAGCGAUGCACUUGGGAGGUGGUUCUCCGAGCUGGACGUGGAUUGGGUUCUCCAAAUCCGCGAGGGGUGUGGCUUACGGGAGCUCGAAGCAGGCAGGUCGGAAUCGUCGUUCCAAGACUUUGUCGAGAGGUGGAUCCGAGCUCUCGCAAUAAUAGUUCUCAGUAUGAGAGAGCUGCACCUCAUGACCAUCGGCGAGCCGACGUCGGCGGCAACCGCUCGGUUUGGCAAAGCGAGCAUCUUGGCGAUGCUGGUUUUCGUUGACGCCAUCGUCAUCCCAGCUGCUCCAAAGGGCCACGGUCCAGGGGACAGGCUAUGGGCCUUGCUGAACAUGUAUGUAUGCAUCUCUGACGCCUCUUCCUUCAAGUGGUCAGGCUCACGCAGGCCGAUUCCUCUAGAAACCCAGAGCAUAAUCGACGAGAUCAAUGGCUCGUUGUCAGCAGAAGAGAACAAGUUGAACGGAGCUAUAUUCAGCACGAUGGAGGAGAUUAAGACAUUCAUGGAGGAGGAAGACUCGUGGGCUGCCGAAAUUCCACGAGGAGGAGGUGAGGUUCACAGAAACACCCAGUUCAUUGUUGAUUGCGUCGUGUUGAUCAGGAGUGCUGUGCUGAAUUACCACUUCGAAAAUCUCCGUGCCCUGCUCCAUGAUACCACCGAUUACUUGAAGGAUCUGCUUUGGAGAAAAUCGAAGCUGUGCUCGGAUCAAAGCUUGAGGUACCUGUUCCUGCUCAAUAAUUCCUGUUUCAUAACACAGCAACUCGAGUCAACGAAACUCAUAGCAUGGGUCCAAAACCACUGGGAGCUUCCACCAGAAAGCAAGAAGUACAUAGAUUGUUACUUCGAAGUUUCUUGGGCUCACGUGCUGUCUUGCAUAUCAGAAUCAAAUCUUGGGCCGCUGCGCCGUUGGAACAACGGUUCGUCACUUGCUAGAUUCCUGUCAGCGUUUGAUAGGAUUUACAAGCUCCAGAAGUUCUGGAAGGUUCCAAGCCCUGAACUCAGACGUAUGAUGCGAAAAACUAUCACUGAGAGAGUUAUUGCAGGCUACCGCGAGUACUUGGAGGAGCACCCGGAGCUAGAGAAACGCAUCAUCUUUGGAAACACCACUCCAGACGAGUUGGAGGAGAUGCUGGGAGAGCUUUUCGAAGGAUGAAGUUUCUUGAGCCACAUUACCGGGAACAAAUAAAGAGGCCAGAGUUGGUGAUUCAUCGUU